CGAGGGCCCUCAGUUCGGCUUACACCCGCUUGUAAGUCGCACGCCGACCGCGCUCCGACUUUCGAGCGACUUCUUAACCUACUCAGUCGCUCGCGACUUUUAAUCGUGCAGUGCAGUGAUGGAUUUGUCCUGUGAAGAGAACAUGCAGGUGUCAUCUGGGAGUGCAGGCCGGGACAUGUGCGUGGCGGGACCUGACCGGGCUCUAGACCGGGACCCCAGGCUCCUGGGGAACCUGCUAGCCCUGGAGAGGUACCACGCACUCCACACGGACUAUUUCCAGCAUGUCCAGAUCGAUAUACAGCCCUUCAUGAGGAAGGUCGUUACCACUUGGAUGCUCGAGGUCUGCGAAGAGCAACAAUGCGAGGAGCAAGUGUUCCCACUGGCCGUGAGCUACAUGGACCGCUUCCUAGCGCAGCGCGCCAUCUCGCGGCAGCAGCUGCAACUGCUGGCGGCUACAGCAAUGCUGCUCGCCUCCAAGUUCCGACAGUGUCACCCCCUCUCUGUGGACCUCCUCUGUGCUUAUACUGACAACUCAGUUCACCCUCAUGAAGUUAGGCAAUGGGAGCUACUGCUGCUGCAGCGGUUGAACUGGCAGCUGUCGAUCGCAACAGCGUUCGACUUCAUCGAGCCGUUCCUGGCGCGGGUGCCGUGGGGUCGCGCCAACCCACUCGUGCGCACUCACGCCCUGACGCUUACAUCCGUCUGUUAUACUGAAACCGAGUUCCUCCUGGUGCCACCAUCUCUAAUCGCGGUGGCGUGCAUCACGGCAGCAGCGCGGGGCCUGCGCGUGCGAAUGUCGAUCAGCGAGCUGUGCGCACUGACGCACACGGCCGCAGCCGCAGCUGAGCUGGUGGCGCGCCACGUGGAGCGGGUGCUCGCGCGCGAGACGCAGCCCCAGGAGCCCCGCCCGCGCCUCGCGCCGCCCGUCAAGCAGCCCAACGACACCACCCAGCUGCCAGACACACCCACAGAUGUCCAGGACGUGCAUUUCUGAUCUCCAACCGCUAACCAGCGGGCUUCAUCACACAUUCGGUCUCAUUUCGCUGACGGCGAUCCAAGACUUGUUCAGAACAUCCUACAAAUACCUAGAUGUUAAAAAUCUAGAAAUUAAGUUAUACGGACGAGUUCUGGGUGGAGACCAGGUUGUGAAUCUCAUAGCAGAAAAUACCAAAUGUACACAGCUUGCUUUGUGUUAUAUCGGUUCUAAGCCGAUAGAUACAUGCAUGAUCUCGGAGUUGAAAGAAACUUGAGCGAAAGAAUAGGUGUGUUAACGUUUUUGCUCAAAUCGCAGUUAUAUUUGCACAAAUGUUUGAAUCUCCAAAUUGGAUAUAAGCGAGAUGCGCCUAUUGUCCCGUCGAAGACACUUUUUGUGUUGGAUCGGCGCAGGUAAACGAGGAAUUGAAUGAAUGUUCGUGUACCUAUCAAAACGUGAAGUGAACACCUGAGGAAAUAUUAGACAAUUCCCCAUUGAUCUCAAGUUAUUUAUGUGAAAUAUUACUUUAAAGUAGAUGUAUCUUAUUUAUUAUUUGUAAACAUACUAAUGCAAAAUCUGGGUCUCAGUGUUUGAACGUACAACUACAUUCCUUCAUUGAAUUUGCUACUUAUACUGGUACGUGUUAUAAGACUGAAUCAAAAAAUAUUGUUUUUUUUUACAUGUUUUACAAUAAAAUACUCAUCGAUGUAAUCUUAGUUUGCGCACAUGUAAAGUUGUAUGAUCAUGGUUUGAAUCAUUCCUGUCAUUAUGAAAUGGCGUGGUCGUCGGCGAUGGCAGCAAGCCCCAACGAGUUGUAUUACAAUUAGAAAUAAUUAAGAAUAACGUAGUUUUGUACUGCUUGUAUGUGUCGUCGAAAGAAUAUUCAUACUUGUUUGAUUAUUGUUUUGUGUGUCAUUGUUUAAGUUAUAAGAUCUCACUUCGUAGUAAGUUCGGUAUAAAUAUAUGCCUGUACAAAGGUGUGAGUAUUUUAAUUAUUACUAAUUUCUAAUGAAAAUUCUUGAAAGUAUGUAAUAUCUAUUUAUUUAGGUCGAUGUUAAGUUUUAGUAAAUUCUAGUCACAUGUUUUACACAUUCCUGUUUUCGACCAAACUUGAUGUUUAAGAUUUAUUGUAAAUGUAGAAGUUAAAGUAAGUUUUAGGGUAGAUUUGUCAAUUUGGAUUGUACAAAAAGGUUCAUAUAGUUUUGUAAUCACGAGUGUUUGUGGUAAUGAAAUUAGAGAGAAAUAUGAUGCUGUACAAAGAUUAUGGUUAUGCAGUGAGGAACGUACGCUGUAGGCUCGUUUGAGCAUGGCGGCGGUUCGCCGUGGCGGCGGCCGAGUGCGUACGCGAUGUUAAUUAAACUAAUUAGAAUAAAUUAAAAGCUGAGCUUUCAAGUUUCUCUCCUAAUUCAACAACGCCACGUAACUUUCACAUAAGUUAAUAUAAGCAUCUCCAUACGGAGCCUAAUAUACCAUAGAGCUAUACU